AUGGAUGAAUUUGAGUUAUAUGAUAAGAAGUUAAAAGCAUUGCACCAAAAGGAACGUGAUAAACAACUUAAAAAAAAUUUACAAGCUACGAAACGUAUUAAUAGCUAUACUAGACCAAGUGAAGAUAAGACAAGUAAACUUGAAUAUUUAUACUUUAAACAACAAUUGUCAGAAAAAAAGGAUACAAGAAGUUGGUUUUUAAAAUAUGACAAGGAAUUGUCUAAAUCAUUAACAAUAAAUUAUGGUGAAACAGAUCGUGUAUCUUUACCAAUAGAGAUACUUUCAUCAUUAUCUAAUGAUAAUGAUGAUAAUUCAUAUCCUUUAUUAUUCAAGCUUGAAGUUAUAAAUAAUGAUAGAUGUGAAUCUGAUGAAUCAAGUAUUACACAUUGUAGUGUAUUAGAUUUUUCAUCAUCUUCUGGAAAAAUAGGUUUACCCAAUAAAGUAUUAAGAUGCUUAAAAAUAAAUAAUACAUCACUUGAUAAUUGUUUAUUAAUAAGAAUUGAAUAUGUAAGAUUAUGUAAAGCUUCAUAUGCAUUAUUUGAAUUAGUACAAAAUUAUGAUAGAAUUUUAAAUUUACCAAAUAUUAAACCAUUAUUGGAAUCAUAUUUACGUGAUUAUUUCUCAACUUUAACAAAAAAUGAUACUUUAAUAAUAUAUUCACUACAUUCAAAAUUGAGACAAGAACCUUUGGCUAUAGUUAAGGUAAAACAAAUAGAACCUGAAGAUGCCACUUGUAUUAUUAAUACAGAUCUAGCUAUUGAUUUAAUUACAAGUGAUAUUAAUACACUGAAUGAAAAUGAAGAUAAUAAUGGAAUUAAUAAGGAUGAUAUAAUAUUAAAUAUUAGUGAUGUAUUAAAAUUUCAAUUUAAAGAGAGUAAAUUAAAUGAAGAUAUUGGUAAAUAUAAUAAUAAAGAUAAGAAUAAUAAAUAUGAAGCUAAGAUUAUAAAUAAUAUUGAAUCUAAUAAAACUAGAGAGAAUUAUUAUACUUGUAAUUCUGUUAAAAUACUAAUACCAUUUGAAAUUAGAAAAUUAUUGACAGAAAGGAAUAAUAAUAAAAUAGUAACUAUUAAUAUAUCAAUUGAAAGUAAUUUUGAAUUUGAAUUUUUUGUAUCAUUUCCACCAUUAAUGGAGGCAUCUAAGCAUCUUCACUAUAUCAGAUCAUACCCAGAAAAUAACAAUCAAUUAAAUAUAAAAUAUCAAGAUAUUUUAGAUUGUUUACCUAUGAAUGAUUUUAGAAAUAGUUUAAAUCCUUUUAAUUUAGAUCAAAGAUCAGAAAAUAAUUUGGGAUUUUCACAACCUUUGGAUUUUUUCCCUAGUAUACUUAAUAUUACCUUUUUACCAAUUCAAGAUAUAACAGACUCAAAUCAAUUAAUAUUAGGUACUUUUAGAACAAAACUUAAGAUAGAAGAAAGUAAUGAAUUAGUAGUUUCUACAAAUAAUAAAGAUGAAAUUAAUACAGAUGAGAUAACUUCUAAAAUAAAUAUGAUUAAUUGUACUAAUUGUAAUAGAUUAAUACCAAAUGAAUCAUUAACAACACAUUCAUUACAUUGUCAACGCCUAUAUAGUAAAUGUGAAAUUUGUGGUAUAAUAAUGAAGAAAGUAGAACUUAAACAACAUAUUCAUUGUAAUAUAUGUAAUUUGGGAAUUAAGAAAGAACUUCAAGAUCAUCAUAUUAAACUAUAUCAUACAACUAUUGAAUGUGGAUUAUGUAAUGAAUCUAUAGCUCCUGUUAAUAUUAAACUUCAUCAAUUAGAAACUUGUUCUAAACGUAUUAUUUUAUGUAGAUUUUGUGGUAAUCAUGUUGAAGCUGGGAUAGAUGAUCAUAUAGUAGAUUUCAAAGAUAAAUACUACUAUAAUCUUACUUCUCAUGAAUCUUAUUGUGGAUCUAAAACUAUUAAUUGUGAUAUAUGUCAUAAAUUUAUACCUAUGAAAGAAAUCUAUGAACAUAAAGUUAUGGUUCAUAGAAUUAAUAAUGUUACCUAA